AAUAGUAAUUUGCCGGGAACUGUGACACACACGAAAACCUCUGAAAGAAAGAAGAAGCGUUGAAAUCUCGAAGCAAACCGAAUCGUUUAAUCGGAGAAGAAGCGAUGAGUAGCACCGGGCAAGGUGGACCCCACUCACUGGCCUUCAGGGUGAUGCGUCUCUGCAAGCCUUCAUUCCAGGUGGACUCCAUUCCGCUCCUGCUCGACCCCGCCGAUCUCCUCGUCGGCGAGGACAUCUUCGACGACCCGGUCGCCGCCGCACAGGUCCCUCGCCUCCUCGACAGCCACGUGUCCUCCCCCGACUCCUCCGAUCCCAGCUACCGCACCAGAUUGCUCCUCCACCACCCCUCCGACUCCAUCGGCGUCUCCGGCCUCCUCGUCCUCCCCCAAGCCUUCGGAGCAAUUUACUUAGGGGAGACGUUUUGUAGCUACAUUAGCAUCAAUAACAGCUCCAAUUUCGAAGUCAGGGACAUUAUUAUCAAGGCGGAGAUGCAAACAGAGAGGCAGAGGCUUGUGCUGUUGGAGACGUCGAAAUCGCCGGUUGAGUCCAUUCGUGCCGGAGGGCGUUAUGACUUCAUUGUUGAGCAUGAUGUGAAGGAACUCGGAGCUCACACGUUGGUGUGUACUGCAUUGUACAAUGAUGGUGAUGGCGAGCGUAAAUAUCUACCGCAAUUCUUCAAAUUCAUUGUGGCAAAUCCUCUUUCGGUCCGGACUAAGGUCCGCAUUGUUAAGGAAACUACCUUUUUAGAAGCUUGCAUUGAAAAUCAUACGAAAUCAAAUCUUUUUAUGGACCAAGUUGAGUUUGAGCCUGCUGGGCAUUGGGGUGCAAAACUUCUAAAAGCUGAUGAACACCAUUCUGAGGCAAAAUCUCAAACAAGAGAGAUGUUUAAGCCACCAGUUCUCAUCAGAUCUGGCGGAGGAGUUCGUAACUAUCUUUAUCAGUUAAUAUCACAUGGCUCUGCCCAAACGAAAGUGGAGGGAAGCAAUAUUCUUGGUAAACUUCAGAUAACGUGGCGAACAAAUCUGGGUGAACCUGGUCGCCUACAAACACAACAAAUUAUGGGCACUCCCAUAACACGAAAGGAUAUUGAGUUGCAAGUUGUGGAGAUACCAUCUGGCAUCAAAUUGGAAAGACCCUUUUUGCUACACUUAAAAUUAGCAAAUGAGACAGAAAAAGAACUUGGCCCUUUUGAAGUUUCUUUAUCACAAGAUGAUUCACGUGAGGAGAAGGUUGUCGUGAUUAAUGGUCUUCAAACUGUGGUAUUUCCGAGUAUUGAAGCAUUUGGUUCCAAGGAAUUUCAUCUGAACCUCAUUGCUACCAAACUUGGAGUUCAGAAGAUCACAGGCAUUACCGUUUUAAACACAAUGGAGAGGAAAUCAUACGACCCUUUGCCAGAUGUAGAGAUAUUUGUGGAUCUGGACUGAUGAUGCCUUAGUUGUGAUCGGUUUUGAUUCCUGUCUUUUGAGGACAUUUAUCCAUUAUGGUUGAGAGGCAAGCCGCUAGUUCACUGGGUUGUGAUGCUUACCCCUCCAACCUUUGAAGACUUGCUUUAGCAAUGCCUUUUUCGGUUUUUCCACAAAAGAGUUAUCCUAGUAUGUGACAGCUCGAUUCUUUGGGUAGCAAAUGUAAAGUUGUAAGAUUAGAAUGCCCAGAAACUGGCUUCCAAAUUUAGUUGUGACUUGUGAGGAAGGAAAGUAGUCUGUAAAAGAUUUAGCUGAUUAGAUUAUAGAUAAUUUCUUGGAAACUAUUGUUACAUCAGAGAUCUAUUGAAGUACUUAAUUUGAAUGAACUUCAGUUAACUCUA